UGGUUCCGUUUGGUAGAAGGUUUUCUUCUUCAGUCAGAAAAGCAGACUCGUCUUUUUAAAAUCUGUCUUUGGAUGUGUGCUCUGUGAGUGUGUUUAACGUACAUGAAGAACUGCGUAGAGGAGGUUUACUUUUUAUUCUAGCCCUGCUUUUCUGAGUGCUUCCCCUUGAACGUGAGCCUAGGGAGUUGCUUCUGAAUGCUAGGUUUAAGUCUUCCAGGAGAUUUUUCUUAACUGUUUUUUAUAAUACAUAGUAAAGUCCAUGUUAUUCACAUGCAGAAUUUGCAUAGUCUACUGAAAUAAGAUGUUGUCGUGGAUUUGUAUGUGUGUGUGUGUGUGUGUGUGUGUGUGUGUGUGUGUGUGUGUGUGUGAGCCUGUGUUAUAGAUCUUUUAUGAUUUACACACAGUGUAGAACUAAGGUCCAGGUAAACAGCAGGCAAGCAAGACAGUGCCAUGAAUUAACUGUAUUAAUAUUUACUCUCACCAACAAUAGGGUCAUACAGAGGUUGAGAUGUAUGUUAUAACCUGUCUUUCACCCAGCAGUGGUCAUGUGCUUUGGCUUCAGAAAAUCUAUUAGUGUAACCUGUCCUGCUUGAGAAUGCAUUUUAAAAAAAUUAUGCAACUACCCUGAUGAAUCAGAAAAAAGCCUUUCAAGGUAGCUCAAUUUCAAACCAUGUUACAAAUAGGAAACUUGGUUGUUUUAGAUGAGAACUUCCUCAAAUAGAACUCAACGAAAGAUAGCAAGUGCUGUAACGUACACACCACUGUGGCCGUGGAGGUCAGAAGACAGUUUGCAGGAGUCAGUUCUCUCCUGCUCCUGUGGGUUCUAGAAAUGAGCUCAGGACACCAGGCUCGGUGGCAAGGGGUUUUACUUCUCGAGGCAUCUCUUUAGCUCUCCAUGUAUUAUUUUAGUUUCUAAAAUAAAUUUACACUUAAAUAUUUCCCAGGAAGUGAAGGAAGUUAUAAAAUUAUACUCUGUUUAUGUUGAACCAUCUCACAUUUCUGUUGUUGUUAGCAUGUCCAUGUAUUUUAAUUAAAAAUAAAUAUUGUUUAUACAUUAUAAAUUGUUAUUGUCAUAGACUACUUCUUCAUUUAGCUUCUCAUCUUGCAUUCUUCCUUGCAUUUCUGUUCUAUCAUGUAGGGAGGAACUUUUUUUUUCUUAGUAAUGUCUGCCUAUAAUAUUCUGAAAGUUUAAAUCUUCCGGUGGCAGAUUCUCAAAAUCACAUUUUCCCUUUUAUUUUACUUUUAUUCCGAGGGCUGUUUUUGCUGAGUGUAAGUCUGUGUUUUGGGGUCUUUGACAUAUUUAAAAUGCAUUCGUACUUUCAAGAUGUUGAUUUGUUCUCCUUUUAUCUCCCUAAAUUACUCUGCUCUUGCCCUAGUUUUUUCUCCAGAACAUAGAUGUCUCGAGGCCCACUGCCUUCGUUGCUCACCGAUACUUAAGUCUGAUCAAAAAAUAAGAUUAGUCAGCUUCUUUCAACUGUUCCUACAAGGAAGUUAUGAGUUGGUCUAACAGUUUUUGAAAUAUAAAUUCUUAUGUGUAGAUAUAUACAAACAUGUGCCUUCAGUAUAUGCAUUUUAUUUUUAAAAUUUAUGUGUAUAAGUGUUUUGUCUGUAUGCCUGCUUGUACUGCUUGCACGUCCAGUGCCGGAAAGGAGGUAUCAGAGUGCCAAGAACUAGGAGUGCAGAUGUGGGUGCUGGGAAUUGGACCCCAAGGACUUUGGAAGAGUAACAAGUGCUCUUAAUCGGCGAGCCACUUCUCUGACCAGAAGAAUUUCUUUGAGAAUUUCAUAGUGCAUAUAUAGUGUAUUUUUAUCAUAAUCACUCCAACAACUUCUAACUCUUUUUGAUCCCCCUCCCAGUUCCUCUUCCAACUUCAUUUCCUGUUUUUAAAUUUAGUUUUUCUGUUUUUUUUAAUAUGUUCCACCGAGUCCAACUGUCACAGAUCACACACUCAUGGUUGUGGAAACUUAGACCUAUCAGGGGCCAUACCCUUAAAGAAAACAAGACUCCUUUCCACAAAAAACUUGACUGUUAACUGCUCCCCAAUUAGUAAUAUGGGUUGGUGAGACCUCCUUGUAGCCUGUUGAUGUUGGCUGGCUACAUAAUUAUGUAUGUUUUCAUGUAUGUAUGUAUGAAUGUAUGUAUCUAUGUAUGUAUGUAUUCUUUAAAAAUAAAUUCUCAUGGCUAAUAUAUAGAAAUUCUAGUGGCAAACACAUGGUAAACAGACCUACAUGCAGGGACCCACGAACAUAAAAUAAAAAUAAAUUUUUAAAGGAUUUUAUAGCAGCAUACACACACACACACACACACACACACACACACACACACACACUUAUAUACACACAUUCACAUAGAGAGAGAUAGAGAGAGAGAGAGAGAGAGAGAGAGAUAGAUAGAUAGAGAGAGAGAGAGAGAGAGAGAGAGAGAGAGAGAGAGAGAGAGACUUUGUCCAAAACAUGUAAAUGGAGAGCAAUGAAGAAAGACACCAAAUAUUGACCUCUGGUGCCCACAUUCGUAUGGAUGUGCACAUUAACACACACACACACACACACACACACACACACUUACUCAUAAAAUGUGUACAUAAAAUGAAGUCUCAUUCAAUAAUGAGAAGGAACACAGAACUGAAAAAAUAUGACAACAGUGAUGAGUGUCCACAAGCAUUUCACUGAAGAUUGUGUCACGGGCUGCAUUUUUGGACAUAUGCUCGGCACUCCAGAGACAGAAGCAAAUGGGAUUUGAAGCCAUCCUGGUUGACAUAGCAAGUUUCAUGCUAACCAGGACUGUUUUGAGACGAUUUGUCUCCAAAAUACAAACAAAAGGGGAUUGGAGAAGUGGAUUAGCAGUUAAGAGCACUGACAGUUCUUCCAGAGCACACACAAUGGCUCUCUGUAAUUCCAAUUGAAGAGGAUUCAAUGCCCUCUUCCUCCUCUGGGCACUGCAAACACAUGAUAAACAGACAUACAUGCAGGGACCCAUGCACAUAAAAUAAAAAUAAGUAGAUCUCAAAAGGAAAAAGCACAAACAAAUGAAUAUAUAUAUAUAUAUAUAUAUCCAUUUAUGUGAAACCCAGGAAAGUCAAAUCUUGUUAAAAGCCAAAACUGAAAUGCCUGUUUGUCUGGGACCAGAUGUACAGUAGGCAGAAGGGAGGGUCAUAGUUGCCUUGGAAACAGCAUAAGUUUAUGGAUAUUAAUAAAGACUUUCUAUCAUUAGGGGUAAUGAUAACAUGUUCAAUAUUGAGAGCAGUUGCUACACAGAGUGAGCAUUUCUCAACAUUCCUAGAACUGUGUAUUUAAAUGCAUGUAUGUUUAUGAUAUGUAAAUUUCAGCUUAUCAAAAUGUUACAAUAUUUAAAAAAAAAAACCAAGGUAACUUGUAAGUGAUAAGUUGAAAAUACCUCCUUCCUGAGCAGCAGUCGUAAUGACAGGAAAGGGAACAUAAAUAUCAAAGACACUGACUUCCCUUAGAAACAAACGGCCUGGCGUGGCACGAGGAAGCAGGUAACCAAAGGGCAGCAACUGAACAGGAAAAUACCUUUAGUUCUCUUUAGUUCUUUAGGACUUUAGUUCUCUUUCUUGUUCCUAUCAGCUUACGUUCUCCCCUUGAGAGUUUAAGUGAAGUCCAGCAAUGUCUCCAACUGUGAACACCAGUAACAGACCUAUUGUGGGGUAUCUGCCCGAGAAGACAGCUCAGUCACUGGCCUAAGCCAAUAGAAUGUCUAUGAGCUGACCAGCAACGACACUGGGUGCUUGGGAUCCCAGUGUAGCACUAAGCCUAUCUCAGGAUAAGCUUUUAAACACAUAAACCGAGUUCUGGGUUGACAUGCUUCAGUUCACAAGAGCAAUUACCCAAAUGCAGAACUAUGGAAGCUGAAAAGCAAGAUGGAUACAUUUAGAGAUUUUGCCAAAACUCUGGACGUUGAUGGAUUAGGUGUUCUGUUUUCUUUUUGCCAGGUGGUGCUGUCCACGUGCUGACUUUUGCAGCCUGAAUGGCUUUUCCGUCAUGGAGUCAGUUGUGCUAAGGUCCGGGGCCCCGUCACAUUCUUCCCUGGUCUUAGUGAAUUAGUCAAAUCAUGAACUCAAUCUGUUUUAGUUUAAAAUGCCGGGGCCCCAUUUCCUAAUCCAAUCAGAAUGGGAAUUAAAGGCCCGGGCAGUAUUGCUAACUAGUUAGAAAGACAAGAGAAGAGAGUGGUACCAAUUAUCUGAUCUAUGUCUUUGACUCUUUCUCUUUUUGAGGUUUUUUUUUUUUUUUCAGCCAUGGCAAAUUCUUCUUUUUUAUUUAUUCCUGAUCAAUUAGGAUAGAAAUAGCAGGUUUUUCCCCAAAGGCAUACCUAGUUUUCGUUAUCUUAUAAGAAGUGAGUCUAAGCCUUUUCAAUGCUGUAGGUUCAUUUUUGGGUAAGGAAAUCUAAUUUGUUUUCAUUCAUAAAUGGAAACUUUUAAUACCUCCAGGUCCUGAUGUAUUUAGUUUGGAAAGCAUCCAAAGAGGCACAUUUAGUCAAACCAUUAGUACAUGUCUGCCAAGUAACUCAGAGGCUGUUAUCCAGAUUAAUUGACCCAUCAGGCAGAAUAGCAAGCAUCAGAAUACAGAAUACAGGGAAGAGCUGAGGAGAAGUCCUCUAACACUAAUUUCCCCCCGUCACAGUGUUGUGUUACUCAGUGUCCUGACAGUCUGGUUACUUCUUAUCCCUGGGUAGUGUGGCGCCAAGUGCCUAAGCGUAACAGAAAUCCUGGUCGAUUUCUGGCUAGGAAUGAUUACCUCUGUCCCCAGGGUCCCUUCCUAUGGCAUAGAGACUUAAUCCCCAGGUUUUUUUUUCCUGUUUUCAAAGGCCAGAAUCUUUCCUAAUAAUUUUUUCAGAAAGCCUCAGUUUUACAAACCCAACACUUGCAGUGAAAACUUCCUUGUUCCUGGCAAUUAGAGGGCCCAGUUAUACAGGAUUGCAUCAUGGAGUCAAUUGGGCUAAGGCCUGGAUCAUUGUUACACAAUCAAAGCAGUUUUUCAAUAACUGUGGAUCCAGACACAACUUAAACUCAUGGCGGUUUCAUGCCACAGUGUGGUUUUGAGGGAGACGAGGGACUGGAGAAAUAUCUCAGCAGUUAAGAGUACUGACAGCUCUUCCAGAGGACGCAGGCUUGAUUUCCAGCACUCCCACAGUGUCUCACAACUGUCAGUAACCCAAGUUUCUGAGACCGUAAUUCCUUUUGCUGGUCUCCUCAGACACUUCACACAUGUGGUCCACUCACAUCCACACAAGCAAAACACCCAUGCAUGUACAGACUAAAAGAUGAAUUGAAUAAAAUGAAAAAGAGACUUCUAAUGCCACCCAUACUUGUAUAAUGCUUUAAACAUUUUUAUAAAUACAAUAACACCUCCCUGCCUGUUAUUCAGUGUGCUGAUGAAAAACUUAAUUAUGACUGAAUGCAAAGUUAGGUUAUUUGAAAUGUUGAUUAUUGUACUUCAGUAUGAUUGAGUUUAGAUAUCACUCUCUAUAGUUUAUUUUAUAUGUUUGAAAAUGUCAUUUAGGGGGAAGAAGUCUUUGGGCUGCAUUAAAUAGCCAAAGAUGGACCUGUUUCAGGACAAAUAAGUCUUAGGACCUUCAUGUUCCGGGAUAUUUUCAUCACCUUAUAUGAUCAAAACAAGGCAGCUGCUAAAGCCAGUAUGUCAUGGGUUAAAGAGAGAGAAGAAAGAAGGAAAGAGAGUCGACGGGGCAAGUCAUAUGAUUCCUAUAACCUGAAUUAUAUUCACUGCAGAGAGUGAAUAUUAUGGCUGUGCCCAAUAUUCACAGAAGCCAGGAAGUGUACUGGCUUCACUACACCCAGACAUUAAGUUUAUGUCACUAGUGAUGGUAGGGACAAGAUCUGCAGUCUGACUGAGGAUGACCAGGCUUUAGGAGCCAAGAGUCAAGAAGAAAAUCUACAUAUCUGGUAGGGGACAUGGUUCACAUAGACAGGGAGAAGAAUCCACAGUGGUGACAAAGGGGAAUUGACUUUGGAGACUCCUGUAAGCAGUGUAAACUCACUGUUUACACUGAGUUACUCUCUCCCGGAAGCAACUCUGUUUGCAGACUUCACUUAUUUCUACGAUGUAAGUGUAACCAAAGUGGCUGCUUAGUUUCAGCCAGGAAGAAAGGUGCACAAUGUUGCUUAUUGGCGGUCAUGAGGCAGGGUGAGCCCAUCUCUACCCUUGAGUAUUUCCAGUGGAGACAGCCCGAGGGCAUUUGGAGAGGCAGAGCUGUGUAGGCUGUAGGUGAGACACCCUGAGCUCUAAGCCUACGGAGAACUGUGCCCUGAGUUACUUCUCUUGCAUGAAUGUCCAUUGGCCUAUCGGGGAACAGCACAAAGGGAGAUGGGGUGCGUCAUGGCAAAGUAAACAUGUUAGACUGAGGGAGCUCAGGAUAGAAAACCCAGUGUUCACGCUCAAGAUUAAACAACAGGGGUUUUUCAGAUUUGGCAGACAGCAUGGUGAGUACUAGAAGGUAUCCAUCCUGUGAGGGAUAGGGGUGAGAGGAGACAGACAAUGAUGGGGAAAUACGGGAAAAUAAGGCAUAUUCCAAGGUUGACGUGAAUGUGGCGUCAUACUCCUGUAUUCCAACCUUCAUAAACAGUUAAGUUACCCACUCUGUUGACUUUCCUCAUCUUCUAGAUACAUAUGGGUAAGUAUUCAAUAUCUUUACAUUCAUCAACAUGCAGAAUAAAUAUAUAUUUAAUGAAAACCCAGCUUGGAAAUCUAAGAGUCAAAACUGUAGCUUUUUUCCGAGUUGAUAAAAUUCGGUCUAUGUGCACGCACUGCUUUCUAGGUGGGAAAGCCUGGGUAAGAAUGGGUAUGGUGACUCAUGCAUCAUGACCCUCACCUAAAAGUCAGAAAGAUUAGGUGAGUCUUAGGGCAGGGAAGGGGGGAGCGGUGGUGGUAGUCGACUGACACGUUACCUUACUAGACAUGCUACUAGAAAAUAUGAUAUCUUAGUGGGUAAAAAUGGAAGUUGGUUUGAAAGCACAGACUAUGCCUUUUUUUUUCUUUUGACAAUUAUUCAUCCCGCAGGCAUUAUUCUUGUCAGUGACACAGGAGCACAAGAUAUACAAUGCUGAGACAGGCACGGUUCCAACACUUUAUACAUGGACAGGUUCUAGUUCUCAGGGAAGUCGUUUAGUAUUGAAUGCACGGUAUAGUCGGUGACACAGACUACAGCAGCCGUGGUGUCUUGCCUCCUGGUUUCAUUCACUUUCAUCUCGAGGUCAUCAGACACAAAAUUCAGCCCUUCUAGAAUUGGGAGGUCGCAGUCGGUCAUUAGAGAGUGGUGUACUGUUAGCUGCAGCCAGCCGUUGUAUCUCAAUUAGAACAUUUGACUAGCUCGAAGCUGACUUUCCCCUCUAGGCUCUGAUACUGAAGUUCGGGGGUGGGGGGAGGUCAAAGUCUUUAUUCCAAAAAGCCAGGUUCAGUCACCCGCCCUUGAGAAGCCAAUUUUAAAAGCCAAAUGAUCGUCGUUAGGCAUCCAAGGAGAUGUAUUUGAGGCAAAUAUGCUGAAAAGAGGAGACUAAAGUUUAAAUGGCACUGUGGAAAUGCAUACCUAAGCAUUCCCACUCGAGGUGUGGCAGUGCCAGCUGUUGACCUGCCACUCUCCCUACAAGGCCUUAAACCUCCUUCUGAGAGAGAGCAGUCCUCUGCUCAUAUUGUCCUGGGUUUUUCUUCUUACAGCAUGAGAUUCUUGGGAAAAUUCUCUGAACGUCUGUUGCUUUAAUAGUCUGAUAGCUAGGGGUUGGGGAUUUAGCUCAGUGGUAGAGCGCUUGCCUAGGAAGCGCAAGGCCUUGGGUUCGGUCCCCAGCUCCGAAAAAAAGAACAAAAAAAAAAAAAAAAGUCUGAUAGCUAAAGUGUCUCUUUAGAAUAUAUUCAUUUCUUCCUGGUCAAUUAUGUUCGGGUUUCUGCCUGAGAGUUAUUUGGUUUUGCUCUGUACCAGUAAGAUACAAACAGAAUCCUUUCAGAACCUAUUGAGUUAAUUCACCCAUGCAGAAGCUUUUCGGACAGUCUAAAAUUCACUGUACUUUAGAUUUAAAAACAAACAAACAAAAAAACAGAGUAGGGUCUCUACACACUGCAUUUUUUUUCAUGUUAUAUGAAUUUUUCCCUUUUUUAUUGGAUUUUUUAACUUACAUUCCAAAUGUUAUUUUCUUUUCAGGUUUCCCAAACAUAAGCCCCCUAUCCCACCCCCUCCCCUUCUUCUAUAAGGAUGUUCCCUCCCCAUCCACCCUCCCUUCCCACCCUCUGACAUUCCCCUACACUUAGGGUUCAACCUUGGCAGGACCAAGGGCUUCUCCUUCCACUGGUGCCCAGAAAGGCCAUUCUCUGCUACAUAUGCAGCUAGAGCUAUGGGUCUGUCCAUGUGUACUCUUUGGGUAGUGGUUUAAUCCCUGGGAGCUCUGGUUGGUUGGCACUGUUGUUCUUAGGGGGUUGCAAGCCCUUUCAGCUCCUUCAAUCCUUUCUCUAAUUCCUCCAAUGGGGGUCCCAUUCUCAGUUCAAUGGUUUGCUGCUAGCAUUCGCUUCUCUAUUUGACAUGUUCUGGCUUGUUUCUCAGGAGACAUCUAUAUCGGUUCCUGUCAGCAUGCACUUCUUAGCUCCAUCCAUCUUAUCUAGUUUUGGUGGCUGUAUAUAUUUGGACAACAUGUGGGGCAGGCUCUGAAUGGCCAUUCCUUCAGUCUCUGCUCUAAACUUUGCCUCCUUAUCCCCUCCUAUGGAUUCCCCCUUUUAAGAAGGAGUGAAGCAUCUGCAUUUUGGUCAUCCUUCUUCUUGAGCUUCGUGUGGUCUGUGGAUUGUAUCUUGGGUAAUUCAGCUUUUGGGCUAAUAUCGACUUAUCAGUGAGGACAUACCAUGUGUGUUUUUCUGUGAUUGGGUUACCUCACUCAGGAUGAUAUUUUCUAGUUCAAUCCAUUUCCCUAUGAAUUUCAUAAAGUCAUUGUUUUUGAUAGCUGAGUAGUACUCCAUUGUGUAGAUGUACCACAUUUUCUGUAUCCAUUCCUUGUUGAAGGACAUCUGGGUUCUUUCCAGCUUCUGGCUAUUAUAAAUAAGACUGCUAUGAACAUAGUGGAGCAUGUGUCUUGGCUGUAUGUUGGAGCAUCUUUUGGGUAUAUGCCCAGGAGAGGUAUAGCUGGGUCUUCAAGUAGUAGAAUGUCCAAUUUUCUGAGGAAUCUCCGGAUUGAUUUAUUUCUGGUCUCCAUGAACGCCUGGAAAAGGGCAACUCAGAGGAACACUAGCUAUCAGUCUCACACCCUCCUCCCCACCCAACACCCUUCUGGCCACUUCUCUUCCCCUUUCUUCACAUGACCUUAUUAAAUUUGCCUUUUGGCAGAGUAAUUUAGACUCCAUCCCCCCAAAAACAAUCUCCACUUCAAGAUUUAUACUUAGCAUUCAGCCUAACAAGAGUCACUACAGGACUAACUUUGUUUAAAGAUUACUUCAGUAACAUAAGCGUAUACUUAAGGUCCCAUCAAUAUCCCACCCAAAAGAGAAACCUGCUGGCUUAUUAAUUUUUCUGCUUCUCAUUGGGAUUGUGGUGUGAAAGUGGGGUGUUUCUAGAGGAAACAAAUACAGGGAGAUAACAUGGGGGGAGACAUCUGACUGCCAUUUCAGGGUUGAGGAUGAAGAAGAGAGCUUUCAGAUCAACGCCUGAGUAAGAAACGGCGAACAGGAAAGACAAAGGGGUUGCUCACUAAGACAAGGAAGGACAUAGAAGGUGGCUCACAGAAGACAAUCAGGAUGUGGAUCAUGUUCUCCACUAUCAUGCGUCAGAAGAGGCUGCUAAUAUUCACAUCGUUUUUAGUGGUUAUCUGGGUAAUAUUUGUAAUCUCCCAAAAUUCUGCAAAGCUAUGGACCACUCUAAACACAUCCACAUCCUUCAAUCCCUGGACCACAUCCACGAAGUCCUCACCUCCUGAAAUUCCAAUGAACCAGUCAACGUUACCAACAGAGACCAAGCUAAGAGAGGAGAUCCCUAAGAUGACAGGCCACCAAGAAGACAAGUCACCAACAGAGACAGAGCUGAAAGUCAGGGAGAUCCUGGAGAAGCUAGAUGGACAGAUCCCUCCCAGACCCUUCGCCCACCUCAACAACACCACAAGUGCCACACACAGCACAGCCACCAUCCUCAACCCUCAGGAUACAUACUGUGUAGGGGACCAGCUGGAUGUCUUGCUGGCGGCCAAGGACUAUUUUGGUCACAGGAAGGAAUAUGGUGGGGAUUUCCUGAGGGCCAGGAUGUCCUCCCCAGCCUUGAAGGCAGGAGCUUCUGGAAAGGUGACAGACUUCAACAAUGGCACCUACCUCAUCAGCUUCACUCUGUUCUGGGAGGGCCAGGUCUCCCUGUCUAUCCUGCUCAUGCACCCCAGUGAAGGGGUGUCAGCUCUCUGGAGAGCAAGGAACCAAGGCUAUGGUAGAAUUGCCUUCAAAGGGACUUUUGUUAAUGGCACAUCCAAGGUCACAGCUGAAUGUGGCCUGAUCCUGAACUCAAGCAGUGAGCUCUGCAAAUACCUGUACCGUGGUGGCGAGGAAGUCUUCUACUGCGUGAAGCCUCAACACAUGCCCUGUGAGGCCCUGACCUACGUGUGUACCAGUCACCAAGAUGUUUCUUAUCUCACUGCCAAAGAAAAAAACCUUUUUCAGAAGUCCAACAUAGGAGUUGAAAUGAUGAAGCACCCUAAGUAUAUCGUUGUCUCCCAGUGCAACAAGAGUGAAAACGGGAGAAAGAGAUGUGAGAUCGGAAUGGAGAUUCCCACACCUAGCGGUUACACUUUACAAGGAAGGUGGGUAUCAGCCCAGUGUACUCAGCGCCUGUUAACCUCAAGUCAGAUAAAUGACUGCUUAAAAGGAAAGCUCAUUUACCUCCUGGGAGACUCCACGCUUCGCCAAUGGAUCGAAUAUCUUCCCAAGGUUGCAAAAACGUUGAGACCUUUUGACCUUCACGGGACUGGGCUAUAUAAGAAACAUUUGAUUUUGGAUGCUGAGAGGCACACUCUGGUUGAAUGGAAGAAACACAGUCACCCUUUCAUCACUGUCCAGCUCUACUCUGUGAUAGAUGAUGGCUAUAUCCCUCAGGAAAUUGACCGCUUGCCGGGCGACAAAGACACUGUCAUAGUCAUUACCGUGGGCCAGCACUUCAGACCCUUUCCCAUGGAACUUUUUGUUCACCGAGUCAUCAACAUCCAAAAGGCUAUUGGACGGCUCUUCCUCAGAAGCCCUGAUACUAAAGUCAUCAUUAAGAUGGAGAAUAUUAGGGAGAGGAACCUAGAUACAGAGAAAUUCGGAGACUUCCAUGGUUAUGUUCAGUAUCUAACCACAAAGGAGAUUUUCAAAGACCUUCAUGUGGGUACCAUUGAUGCCUGGGACAUGACCAUCGCACAUGGUACCAAUGUCCUCCAUCCACCUGCUGCAGUGAUUGGAAACCAGAUUGACGUGUUUUUAAACUACAUUUGCUGAAGAAGCAUCACUAGGAGCCCAGCGCUCCCAGCCAUACCACGUGAUCCAUCAGUGAAGUUUUGUUCAAUGUAGGAUUAAAAAAAACAAACAAACAAAUUUAAAAGAAUCUGUCAUGGGAUAGAGGCGAGACUAAGCUGAGAGGGUGUCUGCUCAGUAUGCACGAAGCUGGGGUUCAACCUUCAGCACCACAUAAGCAGGGCACAGUGGCACGUGCUUGUAAUUCCAAGACUCGGGAAGAUCAGAAGUGAAGGUCAUCUUUGUUAUAUAGUCAGGUCCAGUAGAGCCUGGGCUUCAUGGGAGCAUUCCUUGAUUAAAAAUAAUCAUCAUGAUCGUGACGGGAGACAUAUCUAAAAACAGUGACUACAGAGACGAAAUAUAAAGCCAAAACCACCAAGUGCAAAGGACCAUCCUAGAACAUUCUCUGUCUGUCUCUGGGAUGAUAAAAGCCUUUAUUUGUUAGGCAAGCAUGAGCAAGCCUGAUCUCUGUUAAUCUUGGCUAAACCAAAAGACAGGAAGUAUCCAAGAGAGCAGCAUGCCUUUGCCAUCAUGCUCUAAGACUUUUUUAUUUUAAAAAAGACAAACAAACAAACAAACAAACAAAAAACCCACACCUUUUCUGCAAAAGAACAGAAAGUAAGUAUCCUAGGUUUGGAGGACCACAUAUUUACCUCUGUCACCACUAUUCCAUUCUGCCACCAAGGCACAAAACAAGACAAACAUGUAAGCAAAUAAAAAUGUUCUUGUUUUUGUUUUAAAAAAAAAAACCUAGUAAUAAACACCGAAAAUUGAAUUUUA